UUCUUUUCUAGUCUUCGUACCCUCAGAUCAAAGAGACCCACAACAGCAAUCCCUUCGAUCUUUCAGUCUGUGUUUGUGCGAUCGAUCGAGAGAAAAAGAUGGUGACUUCAUCAGUCGUAAACACAUACCCUCUUUCAAGCUACUCGUUCGGCACGAAAGAACCUAAAAUGGAGAAAGACACUUCUGUUGCUGAUCGUCUUGCUCGUAUGAAACUCAACUAUAUGAAGGAAGGUAUGAGGACCAGUGUUGAAGCAAUCUUACUGGUGCAAGAGCAUAAUCAUCCCCACAUUCUACUUCUGCAAAUCGGCAACACGUUCUGUAAACUUCCUGGUGGUCGACUGAAGCCGGGAGAAAACGAAAUUGAAGGCUUAAAAAGGAAACUGUCAAGCAAACUUGCUGCUAAUUCACCUAAUAUGCAACCUAAUUGGCAGAUUGGUGAGUGUGUGGCUGUAUGGUGGAGGCCAAACUUCGAAACUAUUAUGUACCCAUAUUGCCCUCCACACAUCUCAAAACCUAAGGAAUGCAAGAAGCUUUAUGUUGUACACUUGUCAGAAAGAGAGUACUUUGCAGUGCCUAAAAAUCUGAAACUUCUUGCUGUUCCACUGUUUGAACUCUACGAUAAUGUUCAGAGAUAUGGACCAGUGAUUUCAACUAUUCCGCAGCAGCUUUCGAGAUUUCAGUUCAACAUGAUUCCCGCAUAAAUAUGCAUCCGAUUCAUGCCAUUUUACUUCGAGAAAACUUAAAUUAGUAACGAGCGUUCUUCAAAAGUUAUCGCAUUUAUAGAACCCCAUCCAGAGAUUAAGUCGAGUUCAUUGAUAGUUUGUUGUAGUUUGUAUCUUACCGCAGAGUUAGCCCGCAACAUUAAAGCCUUUUCCUGAAGCAGAAAACGGUUGAGUGAAGCGAUUAUGCUUCAGUAACUUGUACAUUGUGCAGUGAAAGUUGUACUUUGCUUCGGGUUCUACCGUUUUUGUUUCGGGAAAAGGCUUCAGUGUUUUGUGUUUGUUUGUAGUUCCCUCUGUUUUGGUAGAGAGAUAGUUGAGACCAUUGCUUUAUUUAUGAGGGAUAGAGAUUAUCAUCUAUUAUGACUUGUACCUUAUGCAUUGAAGUUGUACAUUGCUUGAUUUUCUGUAUUUCAUGUUUAUGCAAAAAUAUCAUUUCGGAACCAA